AUGGGCAAGAGAGGCGGAGAAUCCCAAGGCGGCAACAGAAAUAAAAAAUAUAAGCAAAGCGGCUUCAUAGAUCCAAAUACUGCCGGUGUGUAUGCCACAUGCAAUAGAGGCAGAGAGCUUGGAUGCCGCAAAGAGUUGCUAAACCUUCUUUCUGAAAAAUGUGAGCAAUGGUAUCCUGACUGGGAGCUGAAGGCUGAGGUUGACGAUGAAGAUGACAAGGACCUUUCGGUAGAGGAGCAGGUGCAAAAAGAAUUGGCCUCUAUGAAGAAGGAGAAGACCGCCAAAAGCACCAUAUUUCUGCCCAUCGACCUCAGCUGUGAGUGUACAGUCUUUGUCAAGAUCAGGAAGCCAGUGGAGCCAGCCGAAUUCAUUCAUAGAAUAUGCCAGGAAGCAAAAGAUCUGGGAGUGAAGAAAUCCAGGUUUAUUCAGAAACUCACACCAGUGACAUUCUCAGUUUCCGCAUCUCUCGAGGAGAUCAAGAAGCUUGCAGCCAUUGUGCUCAAACCUCAUUUCCAUAAAGAAGAAGGCCAAGAACCCCUCAAGUUUGCCAUCCAGGUAACGAGAAGAAACUUCAAUCAAAUUCCUAAAGAGGAGAUCAUCCAAACUGUCGCUGGAUGCGUUGGAAAGGACCACGGCCAUACCGUAGACUUGAAGAAGUACGACAAGCUCAUCUUAGUGGAUUGUUUCAAGAGUAACAUUGGCAUGAGUGUGGUGAGCGAUUACCUUCAGUUGGAGAAGUUUAACUUGCAACAAAUUUUUGAAAAGAACAUGAAGGAUAGCAAAUCUUCGAGGGUCAACCCGGAGAGUAACUCUGACAAGAAGGACAUCAAGGAGGAGAGUGACGACAAGAAGGACAUAAAGAAGGAGGACGAUGCAACAAAAGCAACAUGA